CUGUAGAGGAGGCCGGGCAGUGGUGGCGCACGCCUGUAAUCCCAGCACUUGGGAGGCAGAGGCAGGCAGAUUUCUAAGUUCGAAGCCAGCCUGGUCUACAGAGUGAGUUCCAGGACAGCAAGGGCUAGACAGAGAAACCCGGACUCGAAAAACCAAAAAAAAUUGUAGAGGAGGCAGACAGCCCCAACUGUUGCUCAGUGGUGUGUGCCCCCUGCUGGGAGACCUGAGGACACAGGUUUGGAAAGGGUGAGGAGGCUCUUCUCCUCCCAGCAUAACAGGGACAACCCUGCUGUGUAGGUGGACAGCAGGUAGUGCCUGAGACAGAUGCUAACUCAUAUGGUCCGUGAAGUGGGGGUGCAGACCUUUCAAGGCAUGUCUAGGAUGAAGAUACCUGAUAAAGAUCCAGCCGGUGCUCGCCUGUGAUCUACACAGGAACCAGACUGUGGGUGAGGACAGGCCGUUCUUCCUGCCACUAGAGGAAGAAGUCUAGUCAGGUCCUCUGGUCAGGAUUCUGCCUCAGGCAGUUCUGUGCCCACAACAGUUUCUGCUCAGACUCCCUGUUCUGCUGCUGAAGAUUAAGGAGUGUGAUCCCAGGAAGGUGGGGCUUGGGGGUGUUCCAUGGGAGUUGCUCCUCUCCUCUGAAAUUCCAUAAUGAAGGCCCAUGUGCUUGUAGGGGUGCUGACCAUGGUGGGCUUGGUGAUGGGGAAGGCUCCGGUCGCCAGUGUCCGUACGUGCCACCAGUGCUUCUUAGAAGACCCUUCGAUAGGCUGCAUUUCUGGCUCAGAAAAGUGCACCAUCAGCCCCUCAUCGCCGUGCAUGGUGAUCACCAUCUAUCAGAAUACUAAGGUUCGCUUCCACAUACGGGGCUGUGGACAGUACCAUUCCUUCCGAUGUCAAGAGAAGCAUAUCACCUACCACUCAGACUACUGGUAUAAGGCUAAUUGCUGCCAGUACGAUUACUGCAACUCCUGGUCCAGUGCCCAGCACCAGAACACUCUGCCUGGGCCCCCAGGAAGUCAUCCAGGCAUGCCCCCGUCCGCGUCUCAGAUAAAACAGUUCUACCAGGCCCUGAACCUCUCUCUGCCUCAGCAUGGCUUCCAUGCUCAUAAGGUGUCUGAGGGCCCGGACUCUUUCAUUCUGCCCCUGGAGCUAGGCUUGUCCAUUGCUGACCUGCGCCAAAUAUACAUGUUUCUCAACAGUUCAGGACUUCUGGUUCUUCCCCAGGCUAGGCCCUGA